AAAAAAAAUAUCUUAGCUAGGAAUCACACAGCCUAUCACUAUUGGCCCACAGAGAAAAUUGGCUAAGUAAUUAAUCGAGCAAGUAAAUGUUAAGAUCAAGUUCAUGAUUAGUGAUUAAAGGGCUAGUAAUUAAAUUGAUCAAAACAAAAAGAAAAAAGAAAAUUCCAGAACAUAAAUAAAUAAAACAAGAAGAUAGCUUUAACUAGAUUACAUACAUCAACAAGAAGAAGAACAAGUGGGAGAGAGAAAAAAAAGAGGAGAAAUGGGGAGAGGAAGAGUAGAAUUGAAGAGGAUUGAAAACAAGAUCAACAGACAAGUUACCUUCGCAAAACGAAGAAAUGGUCUUUUGAAGAAAGCUUAUGAACUUUCUGUACUUUGUGAUGCUGAAGUUGCUCUCAUCAUCUUCUCUACUAGAGGAAAACUCUACGAAUUUUGCAGUAGCCCUAGCAGCAUGCUGAAGACGCUAGAGAGGUAUCAAAAGAGCAAUUAUGGACCCCCGGACAACACUGUCUCUACAAGAGAGGCCCUGGAAAUAAGUAGCCAGCAAGAGUAUCUUAAGCUAAAAGCGCGUUUUGAGUCCCUGCAGCGUACACAUAAGAAUCUUAUGGGGGAGGAGCUUGGUCCUCUAAGCAGCAAGGAGCUUGAAUCUCUUGAAAGGCAACUUGACAUGUCACUGAAGCAGAUCAGAUCAAUAAGGACUCAGUGCAUGGUGGAUCAACUUACUGAUCUUCAAAGGAAGGAACAUAUGCUUAAUGAAGCAAACAGGACUCUUAAACAAAGGUUGAUAGAAGCAAAUCAAGCAAGUUCUCUGCAAUGGGGGAAUAUGCAUGAUGUUGGUUAUGAUAAUAGACAGCCUGCUCAACCUCAUGAUGAUAGCUUCUUUCACCCUCUAGAAUGUGAACCAACACUCCAAAUGGGUUACCAGCAUGAUCCGGUAAGCGCGGCGGCAGCAGCAGCAGGAGCUAGUGCUAACAAUUUCUUGCCAAAUUGGCUACCAUGAAUGAAUAAUCCUUGAACAUGCCUCCUUCGCCUUUAGAAAAAAAAAAGGCGGUGUGAAUUCGAGGUGUAAUCCAUAAUUCACUGUAUCCCUCACUAUCUAUAUGAUUAGCAAUCAGUGUGUGUAAGAACAACUCCAUAAAAAAAACAUUUGCUGUUAUAUUUUUGUAAACUUUUUCUGAAACUGGAACAUUUGGGAGUGAGCUUUUGUACAUCACUAUUAUGAUUUAUGUAAGUAUUGUUGUUGUGUGCUGUAUUCCAUAAUGCAAUGGAUCUUGUUCUGUUUCUGUUA